AUGGAUCAAGCAGUUGAACGACUUGUACAACGUUUUAAUCAAGUCCACUCAGACAAGCAAGAACAACAAAAGUUUGGCAAGCAAAUGAAUGAUUUCUUGAAGUUGUUUAACCGUUUUGUUGCCUCACAAAAGAAUCAAGCACAGAUUAAUUGGGAUCGUAUUCGGGCACCAACUGAAGAUCAUUUGAAGGAUUAUGAACAUUUGAGCAGUGAUUUGGAUCAUUCCGCGAUCAAGAAUAUUCUCAGCAAACUUGUGGUGGUCAAGUUGAAUGGAGGAUUGGGAACAACGAUGGGAUGCACAGGCCCAAAGUCUGUCAUUGCUGUUCGAGGUCAUGAUACCUUCUUGGAUUUGACCAUCAAGCAAAUUCAGUACUUGAACAACAAAUAUGAUGUAAAUGUGCCACUCGUAUUGAUGAACUCAUUCAACACUUCCGAUGACACAGCUAAAAUUAUCAAUGACCCCAAAUAUGCCAAUAUUAAUGUCACGAUCGAGUGCUUUGAACAAAAUCAAUUUCCAAGAAUCAUCAAGGAAAAGUUACUUCCAUUCCCUGAUGACAUUCCCAAUGAACAGAACAAGGAAGCUUGGUACCCUCCUGGUCACGGAGAUUUCUACAGCUCAUUCUUUGAGUCACCACUGUACAGCAAAUAUAAGAAUGCAGGAAAAGAAUACAUUUUCUUGUCGAAUAUUGACAACCUGGGAGCGACUGUUGAUGUAAAGAUUUUAAAUCACUUGACCAAUAAUAGAACUGACUUUUGCAUGGAAGUCACAAAGAAAACAUUGGCCGACGUGAAGGGAGGAACACUCAUAAAUUAUGAAGGAGAAGGAGUCAAACUUCUAGAGCUUGCCCAAGUUCCAAAAGAACAUGUCAAAGAUUUUGAAUCUAUUGAAAAGUUCAAAAUUUUUAACACUAACAAUUUGUGGAUUCGCCUUUCUGCUAUUGAAACUCAAUUGGAAGAGCUCAAACAAAGAGUCGAAAUUAUCAAUAAUGAAAAAGAGGUAGAUGAAGUGAAAGUGAUUCAAUUGGAAACAGCCGCAGGAGCUGCAAUUCAAGUUUUCAAAAAGUCCAUUGGUGUUGAUGUGCCAAGAUCUCGAUUCUUACCUGUGAAGAAGUGUUCUGAUUUGCUCUUGGUGCAAUCCAACUUAUACAACCUUGGAGAUGACUAUUGCUUGGUCAAGAACACAUCUGAAGAAGCACCAAUUAUUAAUCUUGAUGAUAAAUUUUACAAGAAGGUUGGAGAUUAUCUUGCAAGAUUCAAGAAUGGAGUUCCAAAUAUUGUGGAUUUGAGAGAACUGAAUGUGACUGGAGAUGUUACUUUUGGGAAGAAUGUUGUCUUGAAAGGAAAGGUGAACAUUGUGGCUAAACAAAAGGCUCUCGUGCCAGAUGGAAGUGUUAUUUCUGACGAAACUGUACAGUAUUAA